AUGGCUCGGAUCCUCGUUCUCUUCCUCCUCGUAUCCUUCGCGGCGUUCGUCGCAGAUGCGUCGCCAGCUGAAGACACCAAUUUCGUGGCGCCAAUUCUCCGCGCCGAAGCACAGGUGGACCACCCGCAAGCUUCUAGAAACCGCCGAUCGCUCAUGAUCAAUGGAACCCCGAACCGCGACACGCCGUGCGCCACGAAGAUGACGUGGUGGAACCAGACGAAUCUCACCGGGGCCAAGUGGGUAACGUGGCUUCCUAGCCCCACAGACGGCUGCCUAAACUUCCCGCCGGAAUACUACUCGUCGACGUAUUACGGCUCGAUCAGGAUCGAGUGGUACGCGCCGACGCAGGCGAUGAAGACCGAUUGGUACUUCGUCACGUGCCAGCAGCUCCAAUUCUACUCGAGCCGCGACUGCAAUGUCGGCGUGCAGCAGCUGACGUGCCCCACGGACCGCAACCCGCCCUUGCCCAGCAUGCGGAACCCCUUCCCCUUCAUCCGGACGCCAAUCAAGUCCGUUAGUUGCCUAUACUGGCAGGACCUGACCAAAUUGUACACGUGUCCGGCCAACAGCCACCUGGAGACCAAGUGGGCGGGCGCCAAGUGCUAUUGCAACAAGGGAUUCGCCGAGCAGAACGGCGUGUGCGUUGACGUUUGCACGCCGCUCAACUGCGGUCCCAACUCAGACUGCUACGUGGAGAAUGGAGCAGGCGUGUGUAACUGCACGGAGGGUUACCGCAUGGUGAACAGGAAGUGCGAGGCUGUGGGCAACUCGGAUAUCAUGGAGCCACACAACGCCGCCCGCGCUGCUGUCGGUGUGCCGGCGCUGACGUGGAAUGACACUCUUGCGGCCGAGGCUCUGACCUGGAUCACCUCGCUCGCCACAACAGACAACACUUGCCGCACAGCCACCCGCAACAGCGCCCUGUCAUACGGCCAGAACCUGAUGACGACAAUCGGCAUCGGCCAAUGGACGGGCAGGAUGGUCGUCAACUCGUGGGUGGCGGAGAAGUCGAGAUACACCUACUCGCCUCUGAACGGCGGGUGUGCAGCGGGCUCGAUCUGCUCGCACUACGUCCAGAUCGUGUCUCGGGCAUCGACAGCCGUCGGAUGUGCUUCGUAUACCUGUGCUGGUGCGGGGGCUCAGCUCUGGGCGUGCUUCUACUCGCCUAAGGGACUUGUCAAGGGCAAAUAUCCGUACUAG